GAGCAGAUCCAACCGUUGUUUCGGAAACAGUAAUCUCUCUUCUUUCCUUGUUUACGUUUAUCCAACAACAUGGAGGACGAGGUGGAUGUAGAUAUCGAAGGGGAUGAAUUUGAGAGCAGUAUUGGUCAGAUGGAUGGAGGAGGUUUAGUUCAGGAGCAGUUUUUGCAGUCUGCUUGGAAGAGCAGCGCAGGGAUACUGCCGUGGGAGUUAGACAGCUCAAUCAGCGCAGAGAACAGAGAGGUGAUAGAGAAGAUGCUGCUGGAGGAACAAUACUAUUUGACAGGUCAGGACAUCCCAAAUCACAUCUGGAGCAGUGACACUAACAACAAGCCCAAAAUGAAAAAAUCUCCAGCCAAGACCUCAACCUCUGCUUCAAGUUCGUCCUCCCGCUGGUCCAAACAAGAAAAAGAUUUGUUUGAGGAAGGGCUGGCUCAGUUUGGCCGAAGGUGGACUAAGAUCGCCAAGCUGGUGGGCAGCCGUACUGUUCUUCAAGUCAAGAGUUAUGCGAAACAGUACUUUAAGCACCAGGAUAAAUCAAAGCCAAAGCUCCAGCUCCCCCUACAGACCCUCCUGGAGCUACAACCACAGCCCACAUCCAGUCAUCCAUCCACUCUGGAUAACACUGUCCGUAUAGAGAAGCUUUCUGAUGAUGAAGAUGAGGACGUAGACAUCACUGAUGACCUGAGCAAUGAAGGAGAGGCAGAUGUUAAACCACAGGAAGUACUUCAUAGUGACCUCAGUCAGACAGAUCACCCAGUGGGCACAGAUGACACCAAACUGGAGCAGGAAGAGGAGGACCAACGUGGCUGCAGCUCACCAUGUCUGGAUAGUCCUCAACCCUCAACUUCCCCUCUGUUCUCAGAGGAGCGUGGAGUUAGUGAGCAAAAUGCAGAGUCAGAAUCACCUCUUUUAAAAACCUCUCAGGCAGGAGCAGAUGAUGAGGGCCAAAGCUCAACAACGAAUGGACAACUGGAAGAGGCCUGCAGUGAAGGCACAGAUACUGCUGAUAAAACAGAGCAAAACAAGGGACUAGAAGAUGAACAGGAAGAGGAGGAGGAGGAGGAAGAGCUUAAUCCCCCAGAGCAGGAAAUAGAGAUGGACAUGGAGACCAUCACAGAAGAUGAGAAACAAGCUAUCCCAGAGUUCUUCGAGGGACGGCCUUCCAAGACCCCAGAAAGAUAUUUGAAGAUCAGAAACUAUAUUCUGGAACAAUGGUCCAAGAGCAAACCAAAGUACCUGAACAAGACGUCAGUACGACCCGGCCUGAAGAACUGUGGUGAUGUCAACUGCAUCGGGAGAAUACACACAUACCUGGAACUCAUAGGAGCCAUUAACUUCAACUGCGAACAAGCAGUGUAUAAUCGUCCAAGAGUGGCAGACCGCUCCAAGCAGAAGGAGGGCAAGGAUGUGCUUGAGGCCUAUCAAUUAGCCCAGAGGCUGCAGAGCAUGCGGACCAGGAAGCGUCGUGUGAGGGACGUAUGGGGAAACUGGUGUGAUGCUAAGGACCUGGAGGGGCAGACAUAUGAGCAUCUCAGCGCAGAGGAGCUCGCCCGCAGGAGAGAGGAGAUGAAGAGGCAGCCGAAACCCUGCAAGAUGUCCAGAUACAGAGGGUCUUUUGAUCCAUUCCAGUUGAUUCCUUGCAGGUCGUUUGGAGAAGAUGUACAGGAACCAUUCCAGGUUGUUGUCUGUGCAGAGACUCUUCUCAUCAUGGACAUGCAUGCCCAUGUAUCACGGGGAGAGGUCAUUGGUCUGCUGGGUGGAACCUUCAAUGAGGAAGACAAAGUAUUAAAGAUCUGUGCUGCAGAGCCAUGUAACAGUGUGAGUACAGGUUUGCAGUGUGAGAUGGACCCGGUGUCUCAGACUCAGGCCUGUGACGUGCUGUCGUCUCUGGGCUUCAGCGUGGUGGGCUGGUACCACUCACACCCCUCCUUCCAUCCCAACCCCUCUGUACGGGACAUAAACACACAGGACCAGUUCCAGAGUUAUUUCUCACGGGGCGGAGCUCCUUUCAUCGGGAUGAUAGUGAGUCCAUACGACCCAGCCAAUCCUUCCCCACAUUCCCAAACCACCUGUCUGCUGGUGAGAGAGAGCCAGGAACAAACAGGCCCACAGAAGCUGCCCUACAGAUUUGACUUCCUGGCAUCACAAGACAUUCCAGACUGGGAGCAAACAUUAAGGAGAGCGCAGUGGAUCAUCCACAAAUACGCUCAGUCACCUGGGAGUGUACAGAUGAACCGAUUUUUCCGGAGAGACUCCCACCUCACCUGUCUGGAGAAGAUGCUGUCAUCUCUGGCCAAGUACCUGGAGCCCCUCCCAGAUGACGAGGGAGACCCCUUCCUCACCCAGAUCCAGGCUCUUUUCCAGUCAGACUUUAUUUCCAAAGAACAGUCGUCUGACCAAGAAGAGGGGGAAAUGGAUGACUCUGCAUUUGAUCAGAGACCUCAGGCAGCAGACUCUGAUCAGGACUCUGGCAGGUCUUCAGACUACAGCACACAGACCACGGCCUCAGAAACUAAUGGCAGCACAGUGUUACACAUGGGCUCUGUGCUGUCUACUGAACAUGACUAUUUACUGUGAUGGAUCACUCUUCCAACUGUACUUGUAUUUUAGUUCCAUAUUUAAGUAUAAAGGCUAUGUAUAACAUUUUGUAUUAGACCUUUAGUUUAGCCCCAUCUCAUUGUUUUAGUACCAGACAGUGUUUGAACACAGUAAUAAAAAUCUAUUUUCAUA